AUGUCAGCCCGCUCUCUGUCCAGAGCAUCCAACAGCAGCAUGGCACAGUCGACGCGCACCCUCUCGCUGCGCAUCCUCUCGCCAUCGGCCGGGCUAGGUGACAGCCUGGACAUGGCCAACGUGCCCCUCAGCACCACCAUUGGCAUGCUCAAGCAGCUGCUGAUGGAGAAGCUGCCUUCGAACCCCACGCCAGAUCGCAUGAGACUCAUCCACUUUGGUCGCCUCCUGGCAAACGAGAACGAGACGCUGGGCCAGCUGUUUGGAGAGGCCGCCCUCACCCAGACCACUCCCUUCACUCUCCACCUGGUGGUGCGCGCUCCUCCCACUCCCAUCGAGACUGCUGCCACUCGUCAGCCCCUCUUCGCAUCUUGGGGUACUGCUCAGUCUGCCGGAGACGUAUCGAAUGCGCCCAGACCGAACAUACUCCCCCCAGGCACAGCUCAACAUCCGCUAAUGCCUCCCGGUGCUGCCUUUGUCCCCCAACCACAAGGUGCUACUGCUACUCCUACUCCGACGAUACAACAUGGCCGCGCUCCCUCAGCCAAUCUGCUACAGCAACUCAUGGAGCGCCAGCAAGAACAAAUGAGACAACUCCAUGCGAACCGCCCACAAACACAACCUCCGCAGCACUUCCCUGCACACAUGCUGCCUGCCAUGCCGAGACCGACUCCUCCGACAAGUGCUCCAGGCACUCCGGCCCCGUUCGCCCAUCACCAUCCUCACACACAUGUCCAUCACCACCAUCCACACCUACACGCCCAUCCUCUUCAACAUCCUCAUCCUCAAGGACAGCAACAACAACAUCAACAACCACAACAAUCACAACCGCACCAACACCAGCAGCAGCAUCGCACUGCCACCAUAACCAUCAAUCAGAGCACAAUCGCCAUACCCAUGCCCCUGGGCCAACUUGGUCAACAUGGGAUGCCCAUGGGUCAAAUGCCUCUGCCUGGGUUUCCCAAUAUACACAACUUGGUUCACCAGCAACCCCAACCACAAGUCCAGCAAUUCAACCCGUCAUCGCCAACUGUCUACCUACUGUCCUCACCUACAGGUCCACAGGCUCUCCUCUUUUCUCCCCAGGGCACAUAUACUGCUAGUCUGCCCCCUACACCUAUGCUCAGCAUGCCUGGUAUAUCAAAUCCACCCUUUGGUCACACACGACCUCACACGCCUGCUGCUCAAGCUCCUCCACCACCUGGCUUCAACCCACCUCCUGUUGUUGUAGAUCCUCAGCAAGCCCCAGAACAGAUUGCACAACAACUCGUCCAGCAAAUAAACCGAGGAGGUGCAGAGAACCAAGAGCCCAAUGCUCUGGCACCCUGGCAGCCUCUGUUGGCUCAUGGCUGGAUGUUACUCCGUCUCUUGUUCUUUGCCUGGAUCUUUCUAGGCUCAGGCCAAGGAUGGCGCAGACCACUAGCUCUUCUCGCCAUCGGUAUCGUCUUUUGGGCCAUCAACGCCGGCGGAAUCGGCAAUACCAUCAGAGAUACCGUGCAAUCAUGGUGGGAAACUGUCGUCGAGUUACCCGGUCAACCACAGCCACAGCAACAAGGUGCGCUCAGACAAGCCCUCAGACCCGCCGAACGUCUACUUGCUCUUCUCAUCGCUUCACUCUGGCCUGGCGUCGGCGAGCGCACGGUCGUGGCUAGAAGAGAAGCGGAAGAACGACAAAGACGUGAAGAGGGAGAGCGACUUGCUGCAGAAGCAGAGAGGCAGAGACUUUUGGAGGCUGAGCCGUCUUCUACAGCACAAGAGGGGGAGAGUGUCUCGAUGACUACUAUCAGAGAUGAAGCUGCUACAACCGCGACCGGUAACGAUGUGGCUGCCGAGGGACAAGAGGUCAGGGAGCGAAAGACAGCGACACAUGAAGCUAGUGCAGAGCAGACAUCUGCAGCAGAACCUACAUUAACAAGAGAAGAGCAAAGAGCUCAGCAGCUCCAAAAUCUUGCUGCAGAUUGGUAA